CUCCCACUGUAUUCGGUCUUCAUGAGCACAUGUGCAACCAUUUGUUGCUCCAGAUUUUUUGUUGCAUCCCAUUUGUUUAUAUGUGCAGCUGACCUAUAAAACUGCAUAUUUUGCAGGGCUAGCGCGUUAUGAACAACCAGCGAUAUGGCGGAAUCCAGUGGAUACAGCACCACGUCUCCGCGGGCGACACCUCAGAGGUGGACAUCUUGGAGUCGGAUGGCGGAGGCGGGAAUACAGGAGAGGAUCUGGAUCAUAUGGCGGCUGAGAAUUUAAUUUUUAUGGCUCGCGACGGCCAGCUGAGCGAGAUAAUGGCGGCCAAUGAGUCGGGCGGAACGGUCUUGGUCACCGCCGAUGGAACAACUGUGGCUUAUGAGGAAUCUUUCGACGAUGACGCCCAAGUGGUCACCGAGGAGGUUAUUACAGACGACUGGGUGCAGCAUCAGGGAGCCGAACGUGUGGAGAUUGCCGCUGAGCAAAUAGCUGGAAUAAGCAGCUCACAGGAACUUCUGGACAUGGAACAGGAUGAAUACACCGCUCUCAGGCCGUAUCCCUGCGACUUCUGUAGUAGACGCUUUCGGAAGAAGGCCACCUUGAAUAAUCACAUGCUGGCCCACCAAAACGAUAGACCGCAUCUCUGCAAACUGUGUGGAGCUCGAUUCUCAAGACGGGCGGAGCUAAUUAGCCACUUCAAGGCCCACGCCGAGGCCCAGGAUGCAGCGGAUGCAGAGGCAGCAGCUGCCGCUGCUGAUUCCUCCUCCGCCAUUAAGUUUGAGCACCAGUCGCAGCGGCAGUUGGACUACGAGCAUGAUUGGCCAAUCUAUCAACAGCAACAGGAACCAGAUCAGGUGCAACAGGAGAUACAGGAACACCACCAUAUUGCGGAAGAGGGUGAAGUUCAGUUGGUGGCCAGCUACCCGGCCCCUGUUGCUCCACCGCCAGCUCCUUCACGAGGUAGAAUUAGUCGUCUAAAGCCCAAGGAGGAGAGCAGCCAGUUCAUCGUGAUUUCUGAUAAGUCGGGGCAAAGCGAGUUGAGGCAGUACAUGGAUACUGAGCCAGCUCAGCCUGUGGUCACCACGUCACAGCCCAUCGCCGUUGAACCUCCUCCCCAACCAAACUUCCCAGUGCUUGACGACAGCAAACCCUUUGUGUGCCAGCAGUGCGGAUUAGCGUUUGCGCGGGAAAAGGCACUCGUCUCACACACGAAGAACCACCGAGUGGACUCGCCUUUCGAGUGUAACCAGUGUCAGGAAAUGUUUUGGGACAACAGCAGUCUUCAAGAACACCAGAAGACGCACCAGUUCGAGGAGAGUAAUUCGGAGUACGAUCCUGCCUCGGCUGAAGAUUCCGCCAGCGAAUCUGAACCCGAGGAGCAGUUAUAUGGCGAAUUCUAUUGCAACGAAUGCGGGAUAUCUUUCCAUCGACAGGAUCUGCUGCGACGCCAUGCCAAACUUCACUACAAGCAAACGGAUACGGCCGCCGUAGAAAACAAUUCCGAUGUCACUGCUGGCGGAGAUGUGGAGCUUGCCAAAGAUUCUACCGGCCACUGUUGCAACACAUGCGGAAAGUCAUUUCCCAGCGCGUUGGAGAUGUUGGCUCAUGCCGAAAUCCACGCUCGGUUCCCGCCCUUUAAGUGCGUCCUAUGUGGUAUCAGCUUUUACGAAGAGCAGGCCAUUAAGCGGCACCUGCACACCCGCCAUCCAAGUGAAUUGAAAGCUAACUCCUGCGUGUUAUGCGGCAAGGAGUGCCGCGAUCGAAAGGCCCUGAUUAAGCACGCCUGGGAUCAUUCACGGGAAAAGUGUCAUUCGUGCUCUAAGUGCGGCAAGAACUUCCACAAUAAGGCGCGCCUAAAGCGGCACAUGGCAUCACAUCGCGACAAGUCGGUAGUGUGCGAGGUGUGCCAGGAAGAAUUUCCCGAUGGGCGAACGCUCUCCAACCAUAGGCACUCGCACAGCACCACAUCUCCGGGUAAGCUUUUUCCGUGCCACGAGUGCGGAAAGACUUUUGGCUCGCGUAGCUCUCAGCAGAUUCAUGUUCGUAUUCAUACUGGCGAGCGGCCAUAUGGGUGCCGGUAUUGCUGGAAGGCUUUCGCAGACGGCGGCACACUGCGAAAGCAUGAGCGCAUCCACACGGGCGAGAAGCCGUACGCAUGUUCCGUUUGCCCGCGAGCCUUUAAUCAGCGGGUGGUGCUACGAGAACACAUCCGCUCCCAUCAUUCUGGGUUGGAUGUAGCACGGAAUACGUACCAUUGCACGGUCUGCUCCGAGGAUUUGGCAUCGUCCAACGACCUUAUCCAACACCUUAUUCAACACAGUGACUCAAACACCGCCAAACAGCGACAACCCAUUACUGGUCCACGCAAGUACAAGCGCCGUCGCAAACUGCAGCCGCACGAGAUCGCUCACAUGCGAGCCGAGCACAAAGGCGCCGACGGCGAAGAGGAAGAGGCCGCAGAUGGGGGUGAAGCCGAGGAGUAUGCCAGUGACAUCGACCUUUGCGACUUUGAUGUAGAGAACGUAGACGAUAUAUUUGACAUGGCAGAUUCACCCAAAAAGGAGAAGCGAAAAAGAGGAUCGGCAGCGCCAAAGCCUGAUAACAAACCCGUUACCAAUGGAAAAACAGUGAAGCCUGCCCAAGACAAGUAUAAGGGUAAGACCCGUUACGACUCCACCAGCAGCCAACAUUCGGAUCGGAUCUGGGAAGAAAAGUUCCUGCAAGACAGCCAAGUUGCUUUAUUUCAAAUCGAUUCGCUGGUAGUGGUCAACGAUACUCAUCUGCAGCCCGCUAGCUCCUCCUUGACAGCAACCAUACCCAAUACAAGAAACAGCAGCAGGCAUCAGGGAAAAGUUCAGACAAAGCCUGUAGAACAGGCUGGAAAUUUGAAUACCUCUGCAACUACUUCCGUUACGACAUCCUCGGCAUCCACUUUUAAUAGUCGGAGCAGGAAGAAGGCAGGAAACACAAAGACUGCCAGCAAAGCUUCACCUGUCAGCAAUUCGCGACCGAAAAUGAUUCACACGGAGAAGGCUAAGGUUCCCAGGGGAACGAGCUCAGAAUAUUCCAGCAGUGCGGCAAAGAAAACGCGCUCGAAGACCUAUAUCAAUCGCACGGAGACUAGUAAUCUGGGCCUGGACAAAUCUCGCAACAGUGCCUCAAACAUGGUGGAUGACUACGAGAUCAUUUCGCCAGCCACCCAUCCACCGAAUCAAAUCAGCUCUAGCCCUUUGCACAUCAAACAGGAACAGGAGCAACAGCAGCGUGUCCAACUGAUUUAUGAUGACAAUCUCCUAAUAGACGCUGGUCUUCUUCGGGAGAAAUACGAGAAAUACAACCAGCCGAUUGUUAAUGAUCUUGAGGAGAUUCUGCGAUCUCCAUUAAAGCACGAGAGAAAUUCUCGACUGCGAUUCACUAGCGAAUCGUCAACCACGCCACAGUUUAUCCACGAAGAAGAACAAAAUUUAAUCAAGAUCGAGCCCACGUCACCAGAUUUGCGAGAUAUGGUAGAGAGCCAGCAAAGAGUCACAGCUCAUAGUGGAAGCACGCCUUCGUCUUCUUCUGCGAGAACUUCCAGACAUCUCCGACAGAUCACAGCCAAUGGUACACGGGCAGGAAGCAAGAGAUCUGCUGGAAGCAUCGCCAGCAAAUCCUCACCAGUCUCGCAGGUAUUGCCGAAAAAGGCUAACACUGCCUCAAAGGUCAACAACAGUUCAUCUUCGUACCUCAGUUACGGAGUGGAUUCCUACAAUGUGAACGUACCUGCCAGCGCCAAUAAUGCCGAUGUGGGCAGCGGAUUCUUUUCCAUUUCGGAAGUGGUCUCUGCAGCUGAUGCCGCAGAUGCGGCAGCCAAGGCGGCGGCAGCUGGUAAAUCAGAGCGGAAAACUCGUAGCUUUGAAUGCGAAAUGUGCUCGGCUAUUUUCUAUGAUCGCGCCCAACUGCUGGAACAUGUCCAUAUCCACAUUUAGAUGGAAGCUACCUAAACCACUCGCCCGAAGCCUUGUAUUUUUGAAACAGCUUAUCCUAAUAUACAAACAAUAUUCGGAGUAAAUUACCUCAUGGUAUCGUGCAUCGAAAAAUAUCGUUGAUUUAUGCGUUAUUUAAAAAUUGAACAUAAACAUAAUUUGUAAAGAGCAUAGUUCGUAAGGCUUUUAAGUUUGUACCUCAGCUUUUGUUUUGAAGAAUUGGUAUGCUGGAAUAAAUACAUCAUUAAAUGGUU